AUGGUUACUAACAAUGAAAUAGGACUCCCGCAUUACUCUUACUUUCCGUAUGACACUUUGGAGGCGGCGGUAGCCCAACCACAUCGGUUUUCGGGCAGUGAUAAGGGACGGGCCCAGAGCAGUCAUAUCGUAGUGCCAAAGGUGGACAGCAGCGGUGUCAAUGCUUCUCCGUUAGAUAUUGCCACCGUUUUGCAAUAUGGAACUGCUCAGGGAAUCCCUGUGCUUUACGAGUGGCUCAAGGAGUUUACUACUAAGAAUCUGCAUCCCAAUAUCCCAUAUGAUGGAGGGGCCGAUAUUAUUCUGUCAUGUGGAAACACUGAUGGUAUGCACAAGACUCUGGCUACACUGGCAAAUGAUUGGUCUCCUGCUAGAAACGAUGUCAGUGAGAGAGAAGGUUUGCUGGUUGAGAAGUUUUGUUACAUGAGUGCAGUUGAUUCUGCCAAGUUUAAAGGACUGAAUAUCGUUCCUGUAGACAUUGAUUACCAGGGCUUACUAGCCGACAGUUUGGAGUUUGUAUUGGCCAACUGGGAUUAUAGUAUUGGCAAGCGCCCUCAUUUACUGUAUACAGUUUCUACGGGACAGAAUCCAACUGGUGGCGUUGUUUCUGUUGAAAGAAGAAAGGAAAUCUACAAAGUGUGUAGCAAGUAUGAUGUGGUCAUUAUUGAAGACGAACCUUACUGGUUCUUACAAUAUCCUGCUGCAGACGAGGAGGAUCCCAACCCACCAAGCACUGAUCCAGGUUCUACAGAUGGUCAUGCUGGUACGAAGAAGUCUUCUGGUUAUGAGUUCCUUGAUUCACUUGUUCAGAGCUAUUUGGAAAUUGAUACUGAUGGACGGGUGGUAAGACUUGACACGUUCUCAAAGAAUGUGGCUCCUGGAUGCCGUUUAGGUUGGAUUACUGCCCAGCCUGCUGUCAUUGAGAGAAUCACAAGAAUGACUGAGGGGUCUACACAACAGCCAUCGGGUUUUGUGCAGUCGAUGAUUGCCAAGCUUGUUGGGGCUGGGGCACCCAACUCUUCUGCUGUAUCUGAAACUGGUCCCGGAAGCUUUGUGAGCACAUUGGCUCGGUCCAAACGAGAACCUGUGCCAGAAGCAGCCAGCUGGUCUUUUGACGGCUGGGUGCAAUGGCUCAGCGGUCUCCGUGACCAGUACCAGCGUAGAAUGGUAGUGAUGUGCCAAGCUCUGGAUGACGCCAAGAUCUCAGUUGACGAGAUGUCUGACGAACAAGGCUGGACUUCGGUGUCUAAUUUGGAAAAUGUCUACUACGACUUCGACUGGCCCCGUGCCGGCAUGUUUGUCUGGCUCAAGGUGCAUUUAGACAAGCAUCCUCUGGCCUCCAACUCAUAUUCUAAUGAAGAACUAUCCACUGCAUUGUGGGUCUGGAUGACACGAGCUCCUAAUCUGGUUCUCGUUUCUCCUGGCCGUAUGUUCAGCCCCGCUGAGAGUCUCAUUGAGGAUGCCAGUUUAUACUUCCGUUUAUGUUUUGCUGCUAUUGCCGAGGACGAACUCAAGGCAUCAUCUCAGCGUAUCGCAUCGGCCAUCCACAGCUUCUGGUCCGUAGAUGAAGACACUGUUGAAGAGCUGAUUGAUUCGACUCGCGACAUCGAAUCCAACGACCUCAACUUCGACCCUACUUCUUUCAAAUCCGUUUUUGGCUGCUAA